CUUUCUUUCUUGUAAAUUUAAAUGAUACCAAUUUCGCCCCCUGUCACGCCAAAGACUUGUUAUGAUGAAAAAUAUGACGAUCAUCAUCACGACUCAUAUGAUCCUAUCCUGAUAGCAGAUCUCAAAACCAUCACUAAACGAUCUCGCGUCAAGUCAAUUCCUCGUCGAUCACCUUCGCCUUCUACGCGCCACUGUUUCACCAUGAACCUGUCUGAUCUUUACAGUAAAAAGAAGCCACAGCCUAAACAAACCAAGAAAUCCAAGUCGGAUACGGCCGCAUUGUACGAUGCAUUGGAUAUCACUCAGCCUGAUAAAGAAUUCUUUCAAGAUGAUCCUCAAUGGAUACCAAAUAUGGAUGCAUUUGCACAAUACCCUCAUGUUAAAGCAGUGUGGAAAGGUACUCCAUUGGAUAUCUCACAUAUGCCAUAUUACGAAUUGCUGCAUCCUGGUGAAGUAGAAGUAGCUUCCAUCCUAAGAUUAACGCCAGAACAGUACUUGAGAUGCAGAAGGGCCCUUAUCGUUGGUGCUCAACAGUUUGAUAAAUUGCAAAUGACUUUUAGAAAGUCAGAUGCCCAGAAGUGCGUACGAAUUGAUGUAAAUAAGACAAGCACACUUUGGACUGUAUUUAGUCGAUUAGGUUGGUUUAAUCCAAGACAGCACUAAGCCAAAAUAAGAUAUGUUCCCUUUUUCCCACUACCUCCUUUCCUUACCCUCUCUAUCUAUCUAUCUCUAUUUUUUCUCCCUUAUCUUUGUGUGUGUGUGUAUGUGUGGUGUACAUAAUAUAUGAUUUAUAAAACAUGUAUAUGCAAU